AUGUAUCCAAUCGACCUCCUAUCCCCUUCUCAUCUUUUUAACAAUGUCGUCUCGACGAACACAGGCUUUCUCCCAGAUAAACCCAUCCCCCGACUCCCAGAAGCUUACAGCGCAUGGGAGAAUGCGCUGAGUCGCGCUCAGGAAGUGCUGAUACUCGGGGAAAACAUAACGGAGGAAGAUGCUCAGAGACGAGCUGACGGUGAACUUUGGAGAUCACAAAUACGAGAGCUCCCCGUGAUCAGCAUCAAUGAUCUUAAAGCAGACAAGCAAUUGUUGCGUCGCGCACACAAAGUUCUUGCCUUCCUUGUUCAUUUCUUUGUCCAUUCGAUACCGUCGGACCAGACGGCCGGUUCGGUACUUAUUCCCCGAUCCUUGGCGACUCCUUUGCUUGCAGUAUCGGAAAUUUUGCGCAUGGCACCGGUGCUUACAUUCGCCGAUACUGUCCUCUGGAACUGGGAUCUCAUAAACCCAGAACUUCCUGUGACCAUCGAAAACAUGCAUUUCGGUGUUGAGCUCUUCUCUGGAACGGAGGACGAGCGUAAUUUCUGGUUUGGUAACGCAAAAGUGGAGGUGCUCGGUGUAGAGAUGCUCCAACUUUUCAACGAAUACCACAGUCUCCCCAAUGUUUCCGAUUUCGCAUCCGUCUGCAAAAUCAACCGGCUCUUGACCCGCCUCGUAGCAAUUCUCGACCGGGUUGAAGAAACCUUGACGUCCAUGCGAGAUCUUGUAGACCCAUCUGUGUUUUACUGGCAGGUGCGGCCUUGGUUCAACGGAAGUGCCAGCGGGCCCUCCUGUCCAACAUGGAUUUUUGAAGACGGUCCUGACGCUUCCACACUUGACCUUAGCGGACCAUCGGCUGGUCAAAGUAGCGUCAUGCAUGCGCUCGACAUUUUCCUAGAUGUCGACUUCAAAUUGCAGCAGCGUCGGUACCCAGCUCCAUCAGAGUCAAAUAAACGGGCGGAUGUUGGAUUCAUGGAGAGGAUGAGAAGAUACAUGCCGGGUGCACACAGAGAUUAUCUUUCCCAUCUUGCGAACACCACUCGUCCCCUUCGAGAACUCGCAAAAAGCACACCUGCUGUGAAGGAGUCAUAUAACGCAGCUGUGUCGGCAGUCAGGAAGUUCCGGGACUCCCAUAUACGAAUCGCAUGCUUAUAUGUGGUCUCCAUGGCACGAUCAACGGCGAUACCGGUCGGAUGCCCCGUAUUUGCGAUGUUGCAGAGGAUGGAGCGACAGAAGAAUCAAACUGGACGCUCGACUGGGACAGGUGGUAACGAAUUGUCAUUGCUGCUGAAGUCUAACCGUGAUGCUACUGCACGGGCAGCUAUAAAGAGCUGA